AUGAAUUUGUUACCUAGUGAUGAAAUUAAUUUCAUUGAUGGAGAGGAUGAGGAUGACGUUAUGGAAGUUAACAAUCGGGGAAAAAGGGUGGCUAGUGCAGGGAGGAUGUUAGAGAAAGAACACCCACAUUUGUAUUGGACACCAUGUGCUGCUCAUUGCUUAGACUUGAUGUUGGAAGACAUUGGUAAAAUACCGUCCAUCUCUAGAACAAUGCAGAGGGCAGUGGAGUUGAAUAGUUAUAUUUAUAUGCGUCCAAAGUUGUUGAACAUUAUGAGGAACUUUACUCAUAAAAAGGAGUUGCUUAGGGUCGCUAAGACUCGAUUUGCUACAUGUUUCAUCACAUUAUCAAGUAUUCAUAAGCAAAAGAAUAACUUGAGAAAGAUGUUUACUUCAGAAGAAUGGAAUCGUAGUAAAUGGGCGAAAGAGGAAGCCGGUAAAAGAGUUGCUUCUUAUGUUUUGAUGCCUUCCUUUUGGAACAACAUUAUUUUUAGCCUUAAGGUUUCCGGUCCUCUUAUUCCAGUUUUGAGAUUAGUUGAUAGCGAGAAAAAGCCUCCCAUGGGAUACAUUUAUGCGGCUAUGGAUAGGGCUAAAGAAGCCAUUGCAAAAUCAUUUGGGGAAGUAGAAGACAAAUACAAGGAUAUUUUUGAAAUAAUUGAUAAGAGGUGUGAUGUUGCUAAUUUUGCUGGUAUUGGAGAGGCUAGCAGGCCGCAACGGUCUACUAGAUCAAAAUCUAGUUCUAGUUCACGGUUACCAACAAAGGGAGCAGGAAGUUCUUCAGUUCGACUUGUGGAUGAGGAUGAGGAUGAUUCAGAUGAGAUAGAAGAGGAUCCUAAGAAUUAUGAAUCAUUUAGUGACGAUCAAAAUGAUGUUAUGCUUAUUGAUGACGAGGGUGAUAUUUAG